AUGCAUAAAAAGUACGCCUCUAGUCGUGACUUCAAGUCUUCAAGGGAUGGCAAGUUCAAGUGGAGGAAUAGGAAGGGUGUUAGAUUAGCUACAAAAUUGUUGCUAGCACUCUUAGCUUUCAGCUUGAUACUUUUCUUCUGGACUUUUGAACUCCACAUCGAAUUAGCGAAAUACAGACGUGGAUGGAUAAAAACAGAAAUAAAAACUACAAAACCACUUGGAGGAUGCUUUAACAAUAUCAGCAAAGCUUACGAUGAGCGUCAGUUGACUUCACCCAAGUACAAUCAACUACAAUCCGGUUUAGCGUAUAAGCAUGGCUUUGAUUGCUAUGGUCACUCUCGUUUAGUGCAAAUGCAACCUGGACAAGGGAAGGUACGCUCUACAAUUCACUUAUAUUGGAGAUCAGACAUUGCUGCUCUUGGAUAUAGGGAGAAAAUUCUCCUUGAUUCUAUAUUCGCAACACAGGAUUUAGAUUUCGUUGAUGUUAAACUCUGGAGUAAUGGAGAUUUGAGAAGGUUUAAUGGAGAGUUCCUUGAUCAAUAUCUUCAUGAUUUCCCCCAUCAUUUCACCGUUGAUACCGUUGAUUUGAAGGAUCUAUCGAAAGGUACACCAUUGGAAGAUAGCAAUAGACUCAACUUGAAUGACCAAAGAGCAUGGUUAGAUGGUGACGUUGUUAGGAUUCUUCUUUUAUGGAACUAUGGUGGUGUUUGGGUUGAUAUGGAUAGUAUCAUGACAAGAGAUCUUCAACCAUUACUUGAACAUGAGUUUGUCACACAGUGGGAUUGCUAUGACAAACCAUAUUCACCUCUAAAUGGUGCAAUGAUGCAUUUCAAGAAACACUCACCAUAUCUUUGUGAAAUGAUGCACAUAAUGCAAAAUGAUGAAGAACCUCGUCAAGGUUCUACAGAUUGGGGCGCAUUAUUAUAUCAUAAAACUCAUCGUAGAUUAUUGAAUAACGAUCCACCUAUAAAACCUUUCGAAAUCUUACCAUAUUGUUUCACAGAUGGUAGAAGCUGUAGGUUGGAUAAUAGAAUAUCAGAUCCUUUCGAGAAAGACCCAAGCUACAGUGAUCUCCACUGGUCACAAUUUAGAGAGAGAUUGUCCUCAAUAUUUGCAAUCCAUUUGCAUGGACAAUAUAAAAAGAAGAUACCUGAAGAUGGUUGGUUGGAACGUGAAGUUAUCGAUAACCAAAGGAGAAAGAUAUCAAGAAUGUCUUUACCAUUAAUGACAUAUGCCAAGAGCGACCCAUUUAAUAACUCAAAUCUAUAA